CAGGGACUGACAGUGGGCCGGACAUGAGAACACAGUCAACACGCUAUAAACGACCUUCAACAAAGUUGCAUAGGUGGUAGCCAGGGUGGUAGCUCGAUGUUGUCCGUUUGUUUAUCGCCGGACAAUAACGCUUUCCCUUGCCUUCCUUUAUCCAUUCAUCGUUUUUUCCUUCAUCCUUUCAUCGUUUAUGACCCUGAAUGCGCCCCAUACCGUAAACGCUUCGGGGAGGCGUCGCUAUUUAUUGGAACGGCGCUUCUCCUCGUCCAAGCGGCAAAAAGGUUCACAUGCAAACUUCGCUUGACGAUUGGCCUCGACUCAGACUGAGGAGACGUUUUCCUGGAUUGUAACGGCAGAAGCUCCUCCGAGUCUCUUCGAACACCGACGUAAAAAUCUCGCGUUCGUCCUUGCGGUAGCUUACGUCUGUGGUCGCCGACCACCUCCGCAAAGAACUUUCCCAAGAUGUUCCUCACUCGACGUGCCCAGUUACCUGUGCUCUUCGUUCUUGUUCUGAUCUGCCACCUCGUAGAAGCACUUCUACCGGACUUCCCGGACAAUCUAGUAGUGUACCCCAACCGGGACAGGGUGAGCGUUCAAGGAUUCCGAAAGUAUGCAGGUCAGACCGCGGAGAUUCGAGUCAGUCGCUGGAUGAAGCCGGCUGGGGCGAUCAUCGAGAACCCGGACCGGGUCCUCGUUGUCGUGGGAAGAGCCCGUGGCAAAAUCAGCGGCAAAACGGUUGCCCUCGAGGUCAAUCAUCCAGGCGGGGUAUGCUGGAUGGAUGUCACCCCGGAUAUUGUCAGCCAAGACGUGGUGUCCAUUUGGUUCAACGGCGUUGAAGUGGCAAACGGCAGAGUGUUGGAUAUCUACAUGGAUGAAGCGCCGGUUUUCGAUCCCAUUUUUGGGGCCAACGCGAUCACGCUCAGCGGAGCUAUAGCUAGGGACAUGCACAUUGGCUCCCAUUACGAGGUCCAUAUCGCCAAUCCUGACCUCCUACCGUUUACUGGCGGCACGGACCUUCGCGCUUCGCAGCCCGCCAAUGCCACCGCAGGCGUCCUCACCGUGAAUCAAGGAUACAGUUCAUCGCUGCUAAUCACCGGAGGUUUCCUUGGUUUCGUGGCAAGAUUCAUAUUCGAGGACCGACAGGCGGCCCGCGUGGCGUUAUCUGGCGGCGGAUACUACGUUCGCGGAUGGUUAGCCACUGACGCUGCUGGAAACCCUCUAGGUAUUACUAUACAUGAACCCUCGCAAGUCGGUGGGCCCGCAAUGGGCUGCCCGGCUGGACCUGGGGCCUAUGUUCCGCCGGUGUCGACUUUCACGGCGACAAUUGACACGCCGAAGGGCGAUGCAAAGGUCCGGGCAAACAUAGCUUGGCUGCCCGUUUCGUCUCCACCGGGAGCGGACCCGGUGGUUGGAUAUGACGUUCUUGCGAUCGAUAAAGCAAGCCAUGCCGUUCGCGGGACCCGUGUCCCUGCGGACGCUGAUCACAUCGCCAUCAGCGUCCACCCCGAAAAACAGUACACAUUCGAAGUCCGCGCGCUUGUUGCAAAGUCAUCGACGGCGGAGAAUAUCAGGUCUUCCGCCCCUUUUCCCGCUCGCCUCGAAGCUCUCGAAGUGACAUCCACCCCCUCGAAUGCCACGGCUGGCACGCCCACAGAGGCUCAGUACGUCACCUUUGCUUCCAACGGGUGGAAUAUGCACUACACCGUAAGGGAGCAGGCGAAGAAUUCCAGCAAGCUACCGGCCUUCACAGCGGACCAAAAGCCGGUUUUCGUAGUCAACCCCGUCCUGGAUUCGAAAGGCAAGGUGGCGAACAAAUCCAUUCCGUAUUCUGGAGAGCGCAUCUACAUCAACAAUACCGUCCUCAUCGAAGUGAGCACUACCUACGGCACGGAAACUAUUUUCAAGGCUUUCCAAUUCAAACCCGCGCCGGCUGUCCCCGCUCCGACCCUGGCCUCUUACAACCCUCAGCCGGCAGGAGCAUCACUUGGUUGGUUCUGGACUCCGAACCCGCUGUAUAACCAGAGGAUCCAAAGUUUCAUAAUUCAAGAGUUCGAUGACUUCGGUGGUUUGCCCAUCCCAAUCGGAGAGCCGUACGAGACCCAAAGUGGCGAGACGACUCGCACGGUGGCGGCGAUGUACCCGCUGUUCCCGCGACAUGAGAAACUUCCGGGAGUUUUUUGUGCUUCGUGUCACAAUUUCGCGGUCGCGGCCAAAACUACAGACGGCUGGAUCAGCCCCUGGUCUAACACAAAGGGGGCCGCAGUCCCCGACAUGGUCGUGCCCCUGAACAGCGAGUGGGCAGGAGGAGUACUGCGCAUGGAUGGGUGGUGCUCUGAGAGCGACGCUGUCAUUACGGCGCGUUUGGAGCCGAUGGCGUCUCCUUUCGGUCCAGCCGCCAAAGUUGCCAACAAUGCCUGGACGCUGCGGAUCCCCGUCGAGAAGCAGGCUUUCAAAACUGGCAAUAAAAUCGUUGUCGUGUCAAACAGAGGCGCCGUCUAUGCUGUUCAGGUCUCUGGGCUCUGAUGAGACCGUCGCGGAAGUCGGACACGGCGACUUCGACUGUUCUCCUUUCCUCUCCACUAUUGCUUGCUCGUGCUCACCCUCUGCGGAUGUCCGAAAAUUUUUCCGUCACUUGUCUGCUUUAUAUCUUGCGAUGAACGAUUUCCUCUCAAUACCAUUGAAGUCCUUUGCAU